AUCACUAAUUUUCAGUUGUUGUGAUGAGAAGAAAACAUUAUUAUUUUUCACGUUUUUAUUUUGUUUUGAGCGUUUAAAUACGUCGAGAACUGCUCUAAAAACCAUGUAAAAAAGAACCAGAGUGACACGAGCUUUCCGAGCAAACUGUAAGUGUAUUUCCGCGCGUAUGAAAAGCAGACAACCGACCCGACGCGACGAGAAAAAGUAGCGCAGUUUCCAUUUCCACAGUCUGUUCGGUGCGUUCGUAUGCGUGUGUAUGUGCAAUAUAAUAUUGUUGUUGGUAUAAACAAAAGUCAAUAUGUCGCCACUUGAUGAAAAGUUAACGGCACAACAAAAGCAACAGCAACUACAACAACAGCAGCAGCAACUGCCACAAAACAACAGCCUUGGUAGCUUCCACAACAAAAUGAACGUCCUGCCCCAUUACACGAUGAGUGGCAUGAGCUCCUUCGAUGCCGAAUCCCUGCCCGAUUACUCAGAAUUUGAUUCCGAAUCGGUAACAUUGGACUAUUACAAGGAGAGCGUACUACGUCCGCCAGCGGAAAAAAUGGCGCCGACAACAACGAUUGAGACCAUCACCAUUACGAGGCCACUCAAGGUGAUUGCAUUUAUUUGUGGCGUCAUUGUGGUGGUCCUCAUGGUUAUGGCCCUGGCCUCCACAGAUUGGCUGAUGGCCGCUGACUGGCGGCAGGGCCUAUUUGUGCACUGCAUUGAGGAUGAUUCGGUGGCGCCGCUGCCUUUUAACAUACAGGAUCCACCAGGUUGCUACUGGACGCGCGAUGUGGGCUACAUCAAGGCCACGGCUGGGCUCUGCAUUAUCACACUGAUAACGGAUGUCAUUGCCACAGUGCUGACUGGCCUGGGCCUAAAAACGCAGAAUCAUAAUCUAAAAUAUAAAUUCUAUCGCAUAGCGGUACUGGUGAUGCUUGUUUCCUUGCUGGCCGUACUGUCCGCCUUGAUCGUGUAUCCUGUAUGCUUUGCCGGCGAACUGACCAUGGCCAAUCGUCGGGUGUGGGAAUUUGGCUGGGCCUAUGGCGUGGGCUGGGGCGCUGCCAUCUUUCUGUUUGGCGCCGUUGUCCUGCUGUUGUGUGACAAGGAAUCGGAGGAGAUCUACUACAAGGAGAGGAAGAUCGUACAUGAAAACCAAAUGCGCGCCUAGGCAAGGCCGCACGACCUGCCUGACGUCGUUCUUUAGAUCUUAAGUAUAUAGCAGCCAACCAACACACACACACACACAACACACUCACACAAACACAGAGGAACACACACACACACACAGACACACACAUAGAUUUCGAUUUAAAUCAGAAAAUCAGUCAAGAACUUAAAACAAAGGCAAUUUGCAGCUGAACAAUAAUAUUUUUGUUACAAAUUAUGAUUGUGUAUGUAUCAUGGAAUCCAUUUUAAAUCAACAAAAAAAACAAACCGUAGCCAUCCAUCCAACCCAUCCAUCCCCACAAUCAGCCCUACUCUCCUCAGUACGCGGCAUUUGUUUAGCUCCAACAAUUAAUUAGUUUUGUAUUUAGUUUGGAAAGGAAUACAAAACAAAAACACAUGACAUCAUGACAUAUAAAGCUAGAAAUUGAGAAAGCUAAUCGCAUUAAUCCCCCCCACACAUAUACUUAUACAUAUGUAUGUAUGUAUGUAUGUAGUACUCGUCGUACACACUUGUAUGUAACUACAGUGUGAGCAACGUUUUAGUGUAUACUUUUUGGUAGAAACAACGUACGUGGACAGAGGCAAGCCUGAAAUUAGGUCUUUUCCACACACUAAACAUACUCACAUGCAUACGCAUAACAAAAUGUAACCCGUACUCAUCAUUGUAAUCUCUCUCUCUGUCUAUCUCUGUCCCACUCUUAACGAAUCGUGAACCGAAUCCAAAUUAGAAAUUGUAUAUGUAUACAAAAUGUAAUCGAAAGAAGUCUUAGGAUAGUCUUGGGGCAUGGCUACAGCCUUUGGAGACGAGACACAGACAAAGACACCCACACACAUAAUCAUUGUUCCGCGACGAUUACGCUUUCAACAAAUUGAUUUUUUGGUAUUUAUUUAUGUUCAAAUCUAACUCGAAUAUUGUUUGUGUGUACUCGAAUAUUUUGUUGCUUUUUUUUUGUAUCACCUGUUUACCCUGUUGUAAAAUAGUUUUAACCAGCACUCUCACUCAAGAGGUAUCAUCAUGUCUGAACCCGUACAGCUAAAUUAUUGUUUAAGUUCGUACUCUUUUGUAACCAACGAUAUAUUAUAGUUUAAUAAUUUAUUAAUUUGUGUUUUUACCACACUCCCAACAGACAAAACAUAUCACAUGCGAAUGACAAACAAACAAAAUAAACGUUUCUUAUACACUUUUGUUAACCACUA